GGUAGACCCGUAGUGCUGACACUCACUAAGAACAACGAGAGUGUGAACCGCAAGGUGCAGGAGAUGAGCACCCCCGAGUGGAAGAAGUUCGAGGAGAGCGGCGGAGAUAUACUGGACACAUCGAUCCUGAUGCUGAGCGACUUGCAGUACGCACCUUUACCUCUGACCGGCGGCAAGCUGCAGAUCACGGACGGCAGCACUCUGCCGGUGGGCGCCGUCAGCGGCUUCCCCGUCGCCGCGAGCGAGACAGUCGCCGCGGUCUUGGGCCCGCUCACUGACAGGAUAACCGAAUACGCCAACAGCGAAAUCGGAAGCAAGCCGUACCUGCCCCGCACUGAAGAGUUGUGCAUCGCGAAAUGCGAGCCCUACACGCAAUGGUUCCGCGCAGUGCUAUGCGAACUCACAAACGGCCCCGGCAGCGAGACGGCAGAAGUCCUUUACCUGGACUACGGCAACUUGAGCAGGGUGCCCACUAGCAGCCUGCGCAAGUGUCUGCGAGACUUCAUAGAGCUGCCCGCCGUGGCCGUGCAGGCGUACAUCGCAGGUCAGUCUCACUCAGCAUGUGCUGUAUAGAACUUGAGCAAGGUG